UACAGUAGAAUAUUAUUCAUUUGCACUGUUUGGGGACCCCAUUAAGAAUGCUGAAUUUUGACAACUAAGAAGUAAGCAAAUGCAAUUUAAAAAGUAAAUUUGAGCAUUCUGUAUUAAAUAUGUCCAGUUAUUAUACAUGAAGAAGCGCAGUGUGUCGGGCUGUAAUAUAACCAUACUUGCUGUCAUGUUCUCCCAUCUCAGUGCUGGGAACUCACCAUGUGGAAACCAAGCAAAUGUGUUGUGCAUCAGCCGGCUUGAGUUUAUUCAAUAUCAAAGCUGAAACUAGCGAGGUCUGCUGUACUGCUUAUUGAAGUAUUGUGAUUCUUUUAGGCAUUGAUUCUUAUAAAAUAUAUACUGUAACAGUAUACUUUGUACAGAUUUAAAUUUUAUUUGAAAAAAUGAAAUAAAGUAGGCAAAAAAAUAAAGAUGUUUAUUUUUCAUGUGACUAUACAAACA